AUGUUGGCGUCUAGGGUUUUGUCACGCGUCUCUCGGAGUGUGGGCCGACGGUCCUUGCUUCUUGUGUCUUCUUCGAAGGACCAACGGUUACCAAUAAUAUCCAAUCAGUUAAACUCUCUUGUUCAUGAGACUCCUAACAAGUUUGUUGCAAGCCAGGUGUCUCUUUUUCAUCACUCAGCACUCAGUUCAUCCCCGUUUCAUCGUUUUGGGUUCUCAUCUGCAUCGCCUGAACACAAAGAAAAGGAACAAGGGAGUGCUGCAGAAAAUAAUGGUGUCGAGUGCGGAGAUGCUAAAGCUUCUGAUAAUGUAGAGGAUACGGGAAGAACAGAAGUUAAUGAUCAAACAACAGAAUCAGAUUCGGAGAGUGAGAGUAAGAGUGAUCUAUCGAGGGAGGAUCUGGUCAAACUUUUGAGGGAGAGGGAGGAACUUCUGAAGGCAAAGCACAAAGAGACGGAGGAUAUGAAAGAUAAAGUUCUUCGUACUUAUGCAGAAAUGGAGAAUAUCAAGGAGAGAACAAGACGUGAAGCAGAGAAUUCGAAAAAAUUUGCCAUUCAGAAUUUUGCAAAGAGUCUACUGGAUGUUGCAGACAAUUUGGGAAGAGCUUCUUCAGUUGCCAAAGAAAGUUUCUCAAAGAUUGAUGCCUGUAAUGAUGCUACUGGGUCAGCAGCACUUCUAAAAUCGCUUCUUGAAGGUGUUGAAAUGACUGAGAAACAGUUGGGAGAGGUAUUAAAAAAGUUUGGAUUAGAGAAAUUUGAUCCUACAAAUGAGCCAUUUGAUCCACACCGGCAUAAUGCGGUGUUCCAAGUACCAGAUAAUUCUAAGCCGCCCGGGACAGUUGCUCACGUUCUAAAGAAUCGGGGAAACCUUUCGGCUGUCAUUCCAUCCACCCCAUUGCCUCCUCCUUCUACGUCUACUUUAUCUCAGCCAUCUCCCCAAUCUACCCUCACAGGGUCGAUUCCGAUUUCCAAUUGGGUGGAACUAGUACUAAUUGGGUGGAGUCGGUAUUGUGCGAUUCCUGUACCAGUUCCACCAGUUCAAGGAAUCUAA